GAGGGGAAGGAUCCCACAGAUGUUUGACAGAAACCCCGGCACGGCAUGCGUGUUUGAACUUCACAGCCUCGGUCAGACGUAUCCUCCCAGAUCAGGGGAUCAUGGAGUUAUCGCCGGCAGAUAUUGCUUUCCGUAAAUUCAUACAAUGUGCUCAUCGCGAACAUGGCCGAUGGCAACUUCUCAGAGACCAAUUGAAACCGCUUUGGAGAAGUCUGAGCGAGUACGAGGAAAUGUAUGCUCAGGUGACGAGAGAGAACGCAGACCUCCUAUUCGGAGAAAAUGAAUUCGAAGACAGCUUGCUAAUCAAUUUGGAGAUGAAGCUCGAGACGGCUCGACAAGAUGAUUUAAAAACAGCGUCUACCACGAUUCAAGAUAUGCGAUCGGUUUUCCACAAUAUCCGCUCCGCGUUGGUUCAGCUAGAGUACGAUUUGAAACCUCUUGAGUCAAUUGUGGUCUCUGACGGAGCAACGAACCUACGACCAGCGUAUGGUGAGAUGCGAGACACGUGCUACAACUUGUUGCAGGGUCUGUGGCAAGACGUCUCCGAAGGGGAAUAUUGCCUCGAAAUGAUGACCGCACAUCUACCUCUGAGCUCACCCGCUGUCCAGGAUCAAUUUUCUGAAAUGUUAUUGAGGUUCAUGUUGCCCUUGAAGCCGUACAUGGCAGAGAUGGGCGUCAACUUGGACUCUCCUAAAACUUUGCUGAGUACUCCGAAGUCAUCCAGAGUUUCCUUGCCGUAGAUGGAUUGAGAGAUAAUGUAAAUACAAUCAG